CCCAAAAAACAACUGCAACACGUCGCAUCAUCAACGCAGCGACGCCAGCAACAUCGACAACGCGACACCGCGACACCGACACGGCCAACAUUUAGAUAUAUAGGAAAUGGCCACGCAACAUACGAAGUCGCAGGACGAGCUGGCCUCCAAUAACCUGGUGGUGUCCAAGCAGCCGGACAACAUCAAGGAGGAGGAUGAGGAUGGGGAGAUCGAGGAGGCGGCAGUGGUGGUUCCCCCUGACAGCGGUUGGGCCUGGGUGGUGAUGGUGGCCUCCUUCCUCUGCUGCACGGUCAUCGAUGGCAUUGUCUUCUGCUCGGCGCUCAUCCAGGAGCAGCUGAUGGCCGAGUUCGGGGUGAGCAAGGCCUAUGUGUCGUUGGUAUCGUCGCUCCUCAGUGGUUGCUACCUGAUGGCCGGGCCCUUUGUGAGUGCUUUGGCCAAUCGGUAUGGAUUCCGGCCGGUCACCAUAACCGGAGCCAUCUUCGCGGCCAUCUGCUUCGGAUUGUCCUACUAUGCGACCAGUGUGGAGUAUCUGUUUGUGAUCUAUGGCAUCCUGGGAGGCAUUGGCUUCUGCAUGGUCUACAUUCCGGCGGUGGUCAUCAUUGGCUUCUACUUUGAGAAGUGGCGUGCUUUGGCCACCGGAGUGGCCAUGUGCGGCUCCGGCGUGGGCACCUUUGUGUUCGCUCCUCUGACCAGGGAACUCUUGAAGCACGGCUGGCGCACCACGCUGGCCAUCCAGGGAGUCAUUGUCCUCUCGUGCGCCAUCUUCGGCCUGACCUUCCGGCCCAUUCAACCCAUUACGCUGUCGGUGACCAAUGAGGAGCAGGGCGAUGAGCAGGAGAAGAGCAAGCUGAACGGGCAUGGCAACACGGUGGCCCCCACUCCGCAGCUCCAUCAGGCUGCCUUCACGAAGCCUUUGCCGGAGGGAAGAUUCGCCUAUUCCAUGCCCAAUUCCGCACAUAACACUUAUAUGGGUGCCUCGCAGCGGAAUCAUUAUCCCACCGCCCAGGAGAUCUUCAAGGGCAUGAAUCUGGAGCGAAGGCCCUCGGGCACUGCCCAGGGUAGCAAGGGCACCGAGCUGAAGCAACUGAGGAAGUCACAGCCCACCACACCGAACGGAGAUCCCCAGCAGCUGACCUUCAAUCUGCACAAGGAACUCACGACCGUGGGUGAGAACGAGGAGGAGGCCGAGAACGAUAACCUGUUGGAGACGGAGGCCAAACCGGUGACUAUUCAGGCCAGAAGACACACGGUUUCCGGGCGCAGACCCCAGGAUAUUGGCAAGCGAUCCGCCGCCGCCGCCCACGAGGCUCAUCAUGGCGCCCAGGCGCACUCCUCAUCGCGUCCCAUGUACCGAGAUGAUAUCUUCUUCUCCGGAUCUCUAACUAGGAUCCCCCAGUACCAAUCGCAGACCUCGCUGGCCUAUCACAUGUCCGUGACCCGUUUGCCCACCAAGCAGGACAUGCUGGAGGAUCGCCAGAAGGGUUGCCGCAUCUGCCCGGAGGCAGUGCGUCGGACUUUGUCCACCAUGCUGGACACCUCGCUGCUCAAGUCGCCCGCCUUCAUGUGCCUGGCCUUCAGCGGCUUCCUCACCAUGAUGGGCUUCUUCGUGCCCUUCUCCUUCUUGGUCAGUCGCGCCACGGAGCAUCAGGAAAUGACCGAGGGUCAGGCUCUGGGCGUGCUCUCAGGGAUUGGCGUGGUGAACACCAUUGCUAGGAUCGUCUGUGGAUCGCUCAGCUCCUUCCCCUCUGUGAAGCCCUUGUGGCUGAAUAACUUCGCCCUGACCGCCGGCGGCAUCGCUACCAUCUUCAGCGGCGUGGUCAUCAGCGGAGCCACCCAAUGGACCUUCGCCGUCUUCUUCGGCAUCUGCAUCGCCUGCUUCUCGGCCCUGCGAUCCCUGAUUGCCGUCGAGCUCAUCGGCCUGGAGAAGCUGACGAACGCCUACGGAUUCCUCAUGUUGUUCCAGGGACUGGCUGCCACCGUCGGCAGUCCCAUUGCAGGUGUCCUCUACGACUCGACCGGCAGCUACAACGCUGCCUUCUACUUCGCCGGCGGCCUGAUCCUGCUCUCGGCCUUCCUGUGCUACCCGCUCCCCUGGAUCAGCAAAUGGGAGCAGCGGCGCAACGAGAAGCUGACCCCCCUGCCGGCGGCCUAAGGAGCUGCCAAGAUCGGAGGAGCGAAAGAAGACCUGCCGGACAGCCUGAACACCUUGUCAUCGCAGCCACAACUAUUUCCGAUGGCACAUUCGCUUUCGGCAACACCUAAUUGCCAAUCACUCAUGUCGAUGGAGCUCCCGAUUCCGAUU